AUGCUAUCUUGUACAUAUUGCUCUUUUAUCUCUGUGAUUUUCUUGGCUAAGUCUUGCAGGAACAGGUUUCUAGGGAGAAACACCAUUAACUCGAGGCACACUCGAUUGAGCCCAAGAGAGAGUGAACUCGAUCGAGCUGCUCAGAGAUUGUUCCUUGGAGCUCCUGAUGGUCGCCUGCCUCUCCACCACGACCUUGCUUCCCAGUUCUUUGGGGGCACUGAGGCUAAGUUUGGGGGUGCCAACUCGAGCUCGAUCGAGUUGGGUGUAAAAACCAGAAAAGUGGUCUUUUGGAGCAUUCUGGAGCAUAUGGGACGUGAGGAGCAAGGAAGGACUUGGUGCAUGGACGCAGCUCAACUGGAUGCAAAGGAAGAGGAAGCCAUCUUGAAGACCAGCUCGACCAUCUACUCGAGUCAACUCGACCGGCCAAGCUUCAACUCGAUCGAGCUGGAGUCAAGUCAAACCCGAAAAAUGUUGCUUCCCCCUUGA